GUGAUCAUCGCUUUCAAAAGUAGGUUGUUAAAUGAAAUAGAAACGACACACCCUUUUCUGCCGGCUACAUAAGCCCGUGUGAUUGUGAUUCAAGUCAUCAGUUGUUCAAAUCAUCAAUAGUACUCAACAUGAAACUAUUUGUCCUCGUCGCUUUCUUGGCCGUCGCUGCCGCUGUUCCAUCCAGCUACAAGCCGGAAUACAAAGCUCCCAGUUACCCUGCCCCAAGCUACACUACACCAAAGUACCCUACACCGAGCUACCCCGCACCGAGCUACCCCGCACCAGCCUACCCCUCACCAGCCUACCCUACUCCCAGCUACAACAAGGACAACAAAUACGCUGACAUUACCAUCACCAGCCAAUCUGAUGAGCGCAACCUCGAUGGAAGCAGCCAAUGGAGCUACGCCCAGUCUGACUAUACUACCCGUGAAGAGUCUCAGGUCCAGAAGAAGAUGCAAGGAGUCACCUACGAUUCUUACGGCAAAGAAUCGUACGGUGAAGUCCUUGGCAACACCAACAAAGGAUCAUCUUACUGGGUUUCGCCUGAAGGCCAAAAAUUUACCUUGACGUGGACUGCCGAUGAAGCCGGUUUCCAGCCCAAGGGUGAUCACUUGCCCGUCGCUCCCGUCCACGUUUACGAGCUUCCAGUUGCUCCCGUCCACGAAUACGAACUCCCGGUCGCCCCCGCUCUCCCUUAUGCGCGGCGCACUGGACUCGGCUAUUAAAAUUUAAACAUUUCG